AUGACUUCUGUACGUGCUGGCUUGCAAAACCGCCAAUGGCGCCGCGACGAUUAUUUUGUCACGACCGACUCGUCGCUCAUUCCCCUGACACGGCUCAUUGACGUCUACAAUUCGACAGAGUUCUACUGGGCCAAUGCUAUGCCGCUGGAAUACAUGAAAUCCGCGUUGGAAAAUUCGCUCUGUUUUGGCCUCUUUCGUAAUAGCCUUGGCGACGAAAGCGAAGAAUUCCUCGGCCUCGCGCGAUGCGUCACCGACUACACCACGUUUCUCUACCUGACCGAUGUCUGGGUCGAUCCGGCCAUGCAAGGCAAGGGUCUGGGCAGCUGGCUGGUCCAGUGCGUCCAGGGGGUCAUCGAGGAGAUGCCGUAUCUGCGCAGGAGCAUGUUAUUUACCAGCAGUUGGGAGAAAUCAGUACCAUUCUACCAGAAGCACAUGGACAUGGAGGUGGUAGAGUCCAAGUCUGGUCAUGGGCUUGUCACGAUGGAGCACAAGGGCCGGGGGCAUCCGAGGUAUGGGGGCAAAGGCAGCGACUACAGCUAG